CCUCCUCCCAAGAACGUGCCUCUCACAAAGGAUCUCCUUCAUCCCUCUCCUGAAUAGGAGAAGAGGAAACACAAGAAGCAGCACCUGGUGCAGAUCCCCAAUUCUUGCUUCAUGGAUGUGAAAUGCCCAGGAUGCUAUACCACAGUCUUUAGCCAUGCACCAACAGUAGAUUUUUGUGUUGGUUGCUCCGCUGUCCUCCAUCAGCCUACAGGAAGAAAAGCAAGGCUUAUAGAAGGAUGCUCCUUCUGAAGGA